AUGACAACACGACAUUUGUAUCUCGAUACAUCACCACCGGCGUACACUGGAUCGAGAACUGAACUUGACAAGUCAGCAUUUCACAAAACACUUCCUGUCCUUGCUGUCCGAGUACGCCCUGAGAAGGUCGGGAAGUUCUUGAAAGGGGAUGCCAUGAAGAGGGCGCUCCUGGACAUCCCCAAAGUCCGAACAGUGGUUUCAGAUCCCAAGGAAGAGGGCAACCGAUUGGUGUUGUUGCGAAUGCCAAACGAAGGUGACAUCCCACCCGAGGCCCUUGAGCUCAUCAAGACGGAGUCCAAUGGUCUUACCGAGUUCAAUGUUAACCUGGACUAUAACUAUUGGACGGCAGAUGAAAUAUUGCAAUCAUUCCUUCCUGAGGAGCUUAGAGAAGGUGCACCUUCAGGCUUCGCCAUGGUUGGGCACAUCGCCCAUCUGAAUCUUAACGAAGAGUAUCUACCCUACAAGUAUAUUAUUGGACAACUAAUUCUUGAGAAAAACAACCGCGUCAGGACGGUCGUCAAUAAGAUCAAUAGCAUUGACACCCAGUUCCGCUUCUUUAAAAUGGAGCUGCUCGCAGGGGAGCCGGACUAUGUCGUUGAACAUCACGAGUCGGACUGUCGGUUUAUGUUCGAUUUUACCAAAGUGUAUUGGAACUCGAGACUGCACACGGAACACGACAGGCUUAUCCAGGUGUUCCAGCCAGAGGAGGUGGUCGCGGAUGUCUUUGCCGGAGUAGGGCCGUUCGCAAUUCCUGCUGGCAAGAAAGGAUGCGGUGUCUUGGCCAACGAUCUGAACCCAGAAAGCUACAAGUACCUUGCUAUCAACGCUAAAAACAACAGGGUGGAUGAUACAGUCAAGGCAUUCUGUGAAGAUGGACGGGAGUUCAUUCAAAAGAGUGUUUCGAGGCUAUGGGAAGAGCCGUUACCAGCUUACACCGGACCUAAGCAGAGUCGUGUCCAGGAGGAGAAAGAACGCCGAAGACUGCAGAGGCUAAAGGCCGAAGGUCAGACCGUACCGAUACCUCCCUCGGAAAAACAGCACGGUCGACGGAGAAUAUCACAUUUCGUGAUGAACCUGCCCGAUUCUGCUAUUUCAUUCUUGGAUGCGUUCCGAGGACUCCUCUCGGGAGCUGAACCGGCCCUGCGUGAGCAAUACAGUACGAUGCCCAUGGUGCAUUGCCAUUGCUUUACACGAGAGGUCGAUUCUCGUGUCAAUGCGGAAGGGGAUAUACGCAAGAGAGUGGAAGAAAAGCUAGGGGGGGCCCUCACGUCGGAAACGUCGUUUCACUUUGUGCGAUCUGUUGCACCGAACAAGGACAUGUAUUGUAUUAGCUUUCGCCUGCCCCCUGAGGUAGCGUUCGGGGAGAGGAUGUAG